AUGAAUGUGUGCGCUACGACAGUGGCCUCCUGGAUGGAAGAAGACGUGGUGCGAAGGAGCCCUUGGUUGACUCUGGGGCUAGCAGCUCCUCAAGGCACGGUGCUUACGCGGUCAUUGGCGGGGGGGGAUGACUUCGAGGAUGUGUUCGCUCCCAUUGGUGAGCCUUCCUCGUCCGAGUGCCCAAGUAUGCACAAGGUCAUCGCAGAAUGUCGCCAGCGUGUCCUGCAAGAUGCCCUGUCCUUGGACAGCGUUGACAAUCCCUUUGACGUUGCAGCCCCUCGAAGUCGAAGUGUGGGGGCACGGCUCGGUGCCUCACGCCUGCACGCAGCAUGGCAUGCGGUGUCAAUGUGGUGUCAAUGUGGUGUCAAUGUGGUGUCAAUGUGGUGUCAAUGUGGUGUCAAUGUGGUGUCGAUGUGGUGUCGAUGUGGUGUCGAUGUGGUGUCAAUGUGGUAUGUGGUGUGCCCAUGA